AGUUGAAUAUAGGGGACAGAGGGGAAGGCUGAUUGGAGUACAAGGAUCAGGACCCUUGUGUCUGCCGACUUAUCAUGUGUCCUAGAACUAGGUCCCCCUCCAGGAGAUCUUAGUUUCCUCUUUGCUAGGGGGUUGGUGGGAACUAGGAUGCCUUAGGAUUUUGAGCCAUGGCGCCCAGCUCCUGCCAUAGGGAAGGGAGAAGGGCAGCUUUUAGGAGACAGGAAAGGGGCAUCUCUGGAAGGGUCCAGCAGAGGGCCUGAAAGCAAUUAUGGAGCCAGGUAUUCGAAGGAAGCUGCACUAGGGAGCACAUGGUCGGAAUUGGGUUAAUUCCAUUAAGCAGUUUGGUGACAGAAGGUGCUUUAGUGUUAGGAUGGGGCUGGGAAUUGCCUGUGGAUUAGCCAUGCGCUCCUGGGGUAAUUAGGACCAUGUGUUCUUCCUAAAACAGGGCUGGGGCCACGGGGCUACCAGCGGUUGGGUUGCGAGGAGGUUGAUGAAGAAAAUGUCGGUAUGGUGACUCGAACGAAGAAGAUCUUUGUGGGGGGGCUAUCAGUGAACACCACGGUGGAGGACGUGAAGCAGUAUUUUGAGCAGUUCGGGAAGGUGGAUGAUGCCAUGUUGAUGUUUGACAAAACCACCAACAGGCACCGAGGGUUCGGUUUUGUCACGUUUGAGAGCGAAGACAUCGUGGAGAAAGUGUGUGAAAUCCAUUUCCAUGAAAUCAACAACAAAAUGGUGGAAUGUAAGAAAGCUCAGCCAAAAGAGGUGAUGUCGCCAACGGGUUCGGCCCGGGGGAGGUCUCGAGUCAUGCCCUACGGAAUGGACGCCUUCAUGCUGGGCAUCGGCAUGCUGGGUUACCCCGGUUUCCAAGCCACGACCUAUGCAAGCCGGAGUUACACAGGCCUCGCCCCUGGCUAUACCUACCAGUUCCCCGAAUUCCGUGUAGAGCGGACCCCUCUCCCGAGCGCCCCAGUCCUCCCCGAGCUUACAGCCAUUCCUCUCACCGCUUAUGGACCAAUGGCGGCGGCGGCGGCGGCGGCGGCUGUGGUUCGAGGGACAGGCUCUCACCCCUGGACGAUGGCUCCCCCUCCAGGUUCGACUCCCAGCCGCACAGGGGGCUUCCUGGGGACCACCAGCCCCGGCCCCAUGGCUGAGCUCUAUGGGGCAGCCAACCAGGACUCGGGGGUCAGCAGUUACAUCAGCGCUGCCAGCCCCGCCCCCAGCACCGGCUUCGGCCACAGUCUUGGGGGUCCCUUGAUUGCCACAGCUUUCACCAAUGGGUACCACUGAAGCAAGAGACAGGUGGCAGGAGCGCCCCAGCCUUGAAGCUGAGGACGGCGAGUGAGCCAGCGAGGGGGCGGGGACACCUCAGCCGCAGCCGCCCCCUCCCCUGCAGCGACUCGGCCCGCUACUGCCUGCCCCCUACUCAUGGGCCCACAGCCCGGGCCCCUGCCCUGCUGUCCCUAGAGGUCGUCUGGCCCCGCUACUAACCUCCCUCUCUUCUCCCCUCGCCCCCCCUUGCCCCUCUUGUACCCGCUUUUAUUUAUUUUGGAUUAGCCGGUUGCCCCCCACCACCCCCUGCUUCUUCCCUCUCGGGUCUGUGCCCCCUCCUCUCUGCCGUGCCCCCCAUAGGACACCUCCCCCCCUCCCCCAGAAGGCUUUUGUAUUUGUGCAUAGCUAGAGUGAGGGCGGAGGGGGCCUGCUACAGGCCGCAGCCCCAACCCGGGUUUUUUAUUCUGAUUUUCCCUCCUUUUCUCUUUACUUUUUUUUUUUUUUUUUUUUAAACCAUUUUUUAAACUAUUUCUAGGUUUGUGAAUGUGAAGCCCCAGGCCGCAGGGGACAAGCGGCCAGGUGCCCCCCACCAGCUGAGAACAAAAUGUUUAUGUGGGUGUGGGCCCCUGGCCACCUCCCUCCAGCCCUGGAGAGGAGGACAGGGCUGUGUAGGCCAGGCCGAGCCCCUGGAACCAUCCCGUCCUGUAUUAUAUGUAAAUACUGUGAGGUGAAGCCCCUACCCUCUCUGCGACCCCUUGGGGGUGAGGGCAUCACCUGGCCUCACCCUGCACAGGUCUCCUCCCUCCCGUGUUUCUGUCCCCUCCUCAGACACCGUUACUGUAAGCUUGCAGGCCUCAACUGUGGCCGAGGCAGGCCCGCUCUCUCAGGCCCUAGGGGUCAAGGCCUUGGGCCUGCUCACCCUGAAAACCCAGUGUGGGGGCAAGGGCGAGGGAAGAGAAGGGCUCGCCCAGAGCCACUGCUGGAAAGGAAUUAACUCUCCAAAGGUCUCCCCUGCCCCCCUACCUAGGUCAGGCCUUCAUGGUUUCUGCUCUGAGCCCCCCACGAGUGGGCAUCAGGGGGCACUUUGGGAAGGGGCGGACCCUAGGGGAAAGCAAAGGGCUUCUCAGGGAACCCCCACAUUCUCUCACUGAAGUUUCCCACCAGGAUGGUCCCAUGGCCAGAGCCCCUUGGCAGCCCCUGACCCCUGAGCCCCCUUCAAAGGAGAAAGAGGCUCAGGGUCUGACUUCAUGAACAGUGAGUGACCUGGCUGGCGUGGCGGGGCUGAGGCCCACCUAUUAUUGUCCCCCGUCUCUCAAUGUCCCUCUCUCCCCAGGUCUGAGGCUGGGGACCUAAGCUCCCUUCGCCAUCACAAUCCUCACCCUUAAAACCCCCUUUGGAGAGUUAAUUGUGUGAGGUGCUUAACCUAUUAGCCCUGAGAACACAAAGCAAUAAUCUUUGUUACUGAGAUGUGCGGCUGUUCGUGGUUUUUUUUUUUUUUUUUAAUGUUUCCUAAUAAAAGAGAAGCUGCAUUUUAUUGGUUUUUAUUUUUAAUUUUCUACACGUUUGAGCUGAGUCAUGAAAGACUUAGCUUCCCUCUCCUCCCCUUCCUGUGACACCCCGACCCCACCCCACUGGGCCCACCCAUGGGAUCAGGGCCCUGGAAUUCCGUUUUCUGAUUUGUUUGGGGAAUUUUUAAAAAAGAUGUUACAUGGUGUUUCGAAGCCAGCAAGUUACCACCUCCGGUGUCUCUUCUCUCCACAUCUGUAACUUCUUUUUCCAGGUUUUAUUUUCAGUUCGAAAUUCCUAAUAAAUUAUUUGAAAACGGUG